AUGCGGGCCAACCAGAUGUUGAACAACGUGUCUUUUCCAGUUCUUGAACAUGAUCUUACAACAACGGAUAUCACUGGAUCGGCGCUUCUGGCGGCCAACGGUGGCCAACCUUUUGAUGUGAUUGUGGCCAAUGGAAUGACCUACGCCCCGCGCGAGGUUUUCAGCAAGCUGCUGGAUCUGGUCGAGUACAUUGGGUCGCAGGACUUUGUCUGGCUUUGGACUUGCGGGAAAGAGGUUUUCGAUGUUGAUGAUGAACAGCGGGCCAACCGCGACCUCGCGACAGCUCGCUUUGACCUGGUGGAUGCCGUCACCUUUGCAAAUGUAGGCAAUGCCUUCGAGCUUACUGUGCAGAUCGGCCAGCUCCGUAUUUGUGCUCUCCAGCGCCACAAGCGCGGGCCAGGUGCCUUCCGAUACCGCUGGCCGCGUUCGCGCGCCAAAGUUGUGCGGCGGCCGUGGCAGUGUAGGCCACCGUUGUGGCGUUGCGCGAAAGAAACUUUCCUCUUGCCAGAUGGACUUGAAUAG